GGGUCUUUCGUUGUUUGUUUACAACCCGAGCACUUCCUGUCUAACUAGUAGCUUUGUGUGUGUGUGUUGUGGUUGCUAACUUGUUUCUAUUAAACUAUACAGUUAAAGCUUUCGACAUGGGAUGUGACGGAGGCACGAUUCCCAAAAGACACGAGUUGGUGAAAGGGCCCAAAAAAGUCGAGAAGGUUGAUAAAAAUGCAGAAUUGGCUGCCAAAUGGAAAUACUGUGCCCUGAGCCAGGAGAAGCUCAGACGGCCCAUCGUUGCCUGUGAUCUGGGGAGGCUCUAUAACAAAGAUGCUGUCAUUGAAUACCUUCUGGAUAAGACUGCUGAGAGACCCAAUGCCGAGGCUGUAGUUCACAUCCGCGGGACUAAGGAUAUAAAGGAGCUGAACCUGACUGAUAACCCCGAGUGGGAGGGAGAGAGAAGAAAUGCUAAAGGAGACAGAUAUGAGGACAUCCACUGCGGCAUGUUUAUCUGCCCUGUUGUUGGGUUGGAGAUGAAUGGCAAGCACAGGUUCUGUUACCUGCAGACCUGUGGCUGUGUGUUUUCUGACAGGGCUAUGAAGGAGGUCAAGACAGAAAUCUGCCACAAGUGUGGGGACCCGUUUAAAGAUGAGGAUAUCAUUGUGCUCAAUGGCACGAAGGAAGAGGUGGAGAAGCUGAGGGAGAAGAUGGAAGAGAGGCGGACUAAAGCCAAAACUAAGAAAUCAAAGAAGAGCAAAGCAGCUGUCUCCACAGCAUCCGAAUCAAAAGAUGACACACCGCCUCAGUCGGUGGAUGUACCAGAGACGAGCGCAAUACAAAAUGGCGUUGAAAGCAGCCAGUCAGAUGUUGCCGGACCCUCGGGAUCAUCCAGUUCCUCUAGAGACACCAAGCCUUCAACAAUCUCUGCGACCAAGAGGUCCAUCCAGAGCAUGGAGGAGAAGUCGGAGGCCUUCAAAUCUCUGUUCACCACUCACAGCUCUGCCAAGCGCACUAAGGAGCAAACAUCCAACUGGGUCACCCACACCCCGUAUCACUUCUAGUAACUAUCACUCAGAGAUCACCAUUUUUGCAUUGCUCCAGAAAUUGGGACCCAUCAAAGACUGGAAAACCUAGUUCUCAUACCCAGCCCCAACCCACAUACAGACCCACUUAGACACAUUACCCAAAUGACAUCUAAUAAUAUCACUGACGUGUGCAUUCCCAACUUGUCUCUUCAGUCCCCAGUAGCUCAGUGUUUACAUGUUGUGAACAUUUUGUUAAUAGCUCCCCAAGGUGUUCAGACUCUUUGUUUUGUAACCUAAUUCCUCCCUCAUGUAUUUCCCAGCAUCUCCAUGUUAGCAGUCACACAUGCGUUGAGAAUUGAUGCUACGCUGACUUCAUUAUUUCUGUCACUCUGCUGUCUCCUAGUGGACAGAGUGUAGCUUUUAAAAGUUUAAAAAUCUCGACGUGGUCGAGGCAAUCAAAAGAACGGUGUGAGAUCAUAUAUAGGCUUGAUUUCACUAUUAAGUUAAGGUGAAAAAUUGCAAAAGCUUUAUAUUUCUAAAGCAGGCCCUCUUUGUGGCAUCCCUGUCCUCAGUAUUGUCUACACAUUAACACAUGUAGAUGAUUGAUUUUCCUCUCUGGUUUCUCUUUUUUCAGUAAGCGUAUAGCUCACAUUUCUUCUUUGUAGAAUAUAUUCAACAUGUUUAGCUGAGGACAUUCAAAUAAUUUGUGUUUGGUGUAUUGGUUAUUUGUUUUUUUUAUGGGGUUAAAACAUAGGCCAGCAACAUCAAUACAGUUUAAAUCAUCUUGAAGUUUCUUUUGUCUUUUUUGGAAGAUCUUUGACAGGAAAAAUAACAAAAUGGCCUCCGGAUUGACGGCAAAAUGUCUUCAAGGAUUAAAAAAAAAAAAACAUUAAAAAUGUCUUUUUCCCGUU